CGUAGGCGGAAGGACACGUCAUCCUCUGGGGAAGGCUGAGGCGGCGGCGCCGGCAGAGAAAAGAAGCUCUUGGUAAAACAUGUCGUGGAUCAGAGAGGGUGAGCUGACCAUCAUAGAGAGAUUUUGUGCCAACAUCAUUAAGGCAGGUCCAAUGCCCAAGCAUGUGGCCUUCAUCAUGGAUGGCAACCGCCGUUACGCCCGCAAGUGUCACGUGGAGAGGCAGCAGGGGCACUCGCAAGGCUUUGAUAAGCUGGCUCAGACACUGCGGUGGUGUUUAAACCUUGGCAUUCGGGAGGUUACUGUUUAUGCCUUUAGUAUUGAGAACUUUAAACGCUCCAAGGAGGAGGUGGAUGGACUAAUGGAUUUGGCAAGGCAGAAAUUUAGCCGCCUACUGGAAGAACAGGAGAACCUGAAGAAACAUGGUGUGUGCAUCCGUGUCCUUGGGGACCUGCCACUUCUGCCCUUGGAUAUUCAGGAGCUGAUUGCCCAAGCUGUGCUGGCAACGAGGAACUACAACAAAUGCUUUCUAAAUGUUUGCUUUGCAUACACAUCGAGACAUGAAAUCAGCAACGCUGUCAGGGAGAUGGCAUGGGGGGUGCAACAAGGACUGCUCGAACCCAGUGACGUGUCUGAAUCAUUGCUUGAUAAGUGUCUGUACACCAACAACUCUCCUGACCCAGACCUCCUGAUUCGAACCUCUGGAGAGGUUCGACUGAGUGAUUUCCUACUCUGGCAGACGUCCCAUUCAUGCCUGGUGUUUCAGUCAGUCUUGUGGCCAGAAUAUUCCUUUUGGAACUUGUGUGAGGCUAUCCUUCGGUUCCAGAUGAACUACAGUGCUUUACAGAAGGCCAGAGACUCCUACAUGGAGGAAAGGAGGCGACAGCAGAUGGAAAGUGAUCAGGCUUAUGUGGCAAAGAAGCUGCAGCAGGAAGGGGUUGCAUCCCACGGAGACUCACGGCGCCGAUGGACACUGUUGCAGAAAUGCACUGCCAUGAGGGAGGAGAGAAUCCAGAGCUUCCUGCAGGCACUGGAGCACAAGAGAGCGGACUUCUUUGAGAGAUUGUGUUCGGUGUCCGCAUGACACAGGUGCUGGGUUCUUCAUGGGAGGACCAUUUUAAUCCGUGUUAGAGGGAACAGCUGCUGCCCUGAGGAAUUCACUCGCUGUGGGGAUGCAGGGCUGCUGUAGGACUUGUCCCUGCUGGUCCUGACCGAGGGCAGGGACAGAGUGUACUGUGAAGCCUUCUAGUGCUGUGAAUGCUGCUGAGGAAGGUAGUGCCGUCCUGACUUGCCUCCCUGCUCCUGCUGAUGGAGAAUAAGCACACCCCACUGUAUCUCUGCUGCUUGAUACUUUACAGGUCUGGGCCCUUUGGUGACAAGAAGUUACCUGAAACAAGCCUCUAGUUGUGUUUUGACUCCUCAUGAAUUGGCCCAGGCAAACCGAUUCAGUCCUGUUAAAUCAGUGAGACUUGAAUUCUUUCCAUAGUGAAUCUCUGUGGAGAUUUCCUCUGCUGUCCAAUAAAGGGAGCCUUGCUUCCUGCAGGGAGAGGGUAAUUCCUGGUGUAGAAGGGAGCCUCAAGCCAAGCAGUGGCAGAGAUACUCCCCGCUGCCUACUUCAUGAGAGCAUCUUGGCUUUUCUCCACCUUACUCUGCUGGUUUGGAUCUGCUCUUGUCUUCCAAAGAGCUAAACUGAGGUGGUAUUAGCCUUGCUGUAAGGGAGAAAAGAUACUCCAAAGUCUUGUGAUCCCUUCUGAGCCCUGUGUGUUGGGAAAACCCAAAUGCCAAAGAUGCUGAUGUUGAAGCUGAGUAUCAGUGAUUAGCAAAAUCUCUGAGCAGGCAAUGAAGAAUGGCUGGGAAUUAACUUCAUGGCUCAGAAUACAGUACCAAAACCAACCUCUGCCCCUAGCCAAUAUGGUUUUGAAGGAUUAUUUAACUGAUUGCACUUGGAGUGGCCAGAGCAGCUGUGGAGUGUGGUUUGUUUUCAGAGUUCCACCAGCAGGGACAUGGGCUAGCUUAUUUCCAAGCCCAUAUCCACUAAUUUCUCCUGGUUUCCGUCCCCAUGGUCAAAAUACCAGAAAAUGUCUUGAUUUGUUUUCUGAUGUGCAUCCAGGUGCAGCAGUAGCAGCUAGUGCUGGAUUUCAAGUGUUCCUUUCUACCUCCAGGUGAAAACGAGGCAAAUGCAGAGUCAAAAGACUUGUCAGUGCUGCAAACCCAGCACUUUGUGAUUGUGAAGAGGAUAACUAUUGUCAAAUUGUGAAUAAAGCCUGUUCGUACCAAACUCACUUAAACCCCAAGCUGAA